CGCUUGUGCCCAACCCGAGAGGGCGCCCUUGCUAUUGGUGAUUGUAAACAACAUGGCGGCAGAUUACAUGCGACAGAAAUUGACUUCGUUUUCGGAGGCAAUUUUCCCCGGUAGACCUUUACGAGACAACCGUCAGCAUCAUGCCAUAAGACCGGGGAAUGAACUGGUGUCCAACUUGCCUCUACAGAUGGCUCUGUACUUCAACGUAUUCUUCUUUCCAUUUUGGCUCAUCUGUUCAGCCAUACUGCUGCAACUCAAGUUUUACCACCUGGAUGAGAUAUUUCGGUUUGUGUGUGUGACUGUCUAUGUGGUGAUGGGCGGCACAGAGAUCAUGAGACUCUAUCUGGGAUAUCUGGGAAAUCUGCAGGAACGGGUUCCUGAGCUAGCAGGCUUCUGGCUCCUCACUCUCAUCCUUCAGUUCCCUCUCAUCAUCUUCCUCAUCGCUGUGGAGCGAGCCAUGCCGGUCCCCGUCGAACGUGCCGUCCACUUGGUCCAACUCGCCUUCAUUGUCUUUGAGAUCGUCUGCGGCUUUCUGGCCUUGAGAAUCAUGACCCAGCACCAGAUCAUGAAGUUUCAUCUACAGGACUUUGACACCAUAUUUGACCUGGAGGAAGGCCAUCAUGAAGUCAUGAGCCGGUACACGCCGUUGGCAUGACGACCGCAUCCAGAUGGCGUUAGAUUGCAUUACGUGUGUACAUAGUUGUUGUCGUUGUUUAUGAGUACAUGGGGCUCAAGAAUGUAGCUUCAACCUGUAUAGGGCUUAGACCAAAUCAUGAGUUUGUUGUGUUUGUCGUUUUCUUUGCUAGCUCAGCAGAUAGUUCGCUGUACAGGGCCAACUUCAAUAGUUACAAAUCAAGCUGAACAAAAUGUUACACAAGAAAUACAAAUGUUUUUAAUUCUCAGUGCUUCAAGAAAAAAGGGACUUAUUCAGAAAAAAAACGUUGUGAUUCUGUGAGGUUUCCUCUCAUUUAUGGAAAACCAGUUAAACAAGGGAGUAACAAAGUAAUAUUUUCAACUUGGUAAUCAGAUGAUUAGUAAAUAGGAGGAAAUUGCUUCCAUUGCAAAAGGGGGACUGCAGAAUUUAAGCCUAUUUGUACAGGCAACUUUUCAAAAGCUUAUAUGGCAGACGGUUGAUUUGAAAUUGUAUUACAUCACUUCAAUACUUUUUUCUUUCUAACUAAGUGGUUUUCACAGCUUUCCUUGUCUACUUUGGAUAAAUGAUAACCCACAAAGAUUGGAAGUACAUGUAGUAUUGAAUUGUUGGGCCAAGAAUUGGUUUGAAGAUUGUGUCAAUUACUUCUUGUCAACUUAUAGAUCCUUUGCAUUCAGCCGCCAUCUUUGAGGUGUGAUUUAUGGUAAUUCAUUAACAAUGAAUGCAAGAGGUCUACCCAUGCGUAUCCCUGUUGAACAAAAGCACACACCUCCAACAUGGCUGCAAUGCAACAGGUCUAUUUCAGCCCCUCCCCCUAAAAAUGCGAGGGGAGAAUAGUGUCAUCAAUCAUAAAUUUGCUCCAUCAGAAAUUCAUUGCUAGAAAUAAAUUCAAUUGCUGUAGGUGGCUUGUCUGUAAAGUUAUAAAUGAUGUACGAUAUGAAUCUUAACUUACUUGGUCUGACACUGCCUAAGAGUCCAGUAAUACUUACUGUACAUUUCUAUGAAGUAAAUAAUUUAUUUUUAUGUAUAUAACAGUGUUAUUGUGAAGUUUCAGUACUUUGAAAUAGUAAAAAAUAA